UAUUCUCUGAUAUUAUUAGUAGAAAUGGAUAUAAUGAAAGAAUAAUUUCGAAAGAGGGGUAUAAAGAAUGGAACAAAUACAUAACGUACUGAAUAAUCGUUGCUCAGUUUUGCUCUUUACUUUGAACGCAGUGAGGUAGUGUGUGCUUUCAUAGUUAGUACUCAUCAAGUAAUAUUGACGCAUUUCAACAUCCUCAAGUAAUUUUCAAGGCAUAAUGCCUGUAUGUGCUUAGGUUUAUAAGAUAUAAAAUAUAAUAUAUUGUUAAUAUUAUAUAAAUUAAACGCAUAGAGUGCACUAUGGAUGGACCCUACCUUCAUCAAUUCAUCGUGGCACCUUUUAAGAAUCUUCAACGAUUACAUCGAUUUCGAGAAAUAAAAUGGAUGAAUCCUCGAGCAAGAUCAAACGAAGCUUAUGUUCCAACCUAUAUAGAGCAUCUAGCAAAUAUAAUGACCCAUGGAAUUUGGAUCGUUCCUGCUUUGUUGGGAGCAGCAGAGCUAAUUCAACGAUCAACAUCUUGGCCUCAGCUCUCUUCAGCAUGGGUUUAUGGAGGCGCUUUAUUACUUUUAUUUGUGAUAUCUACUUCAUUCCAUUGUGUGCAUUAUCGCAAUCACAAACAACUAAAAGACGUACUUCAUCGUUGUGAUCGAGCUAUGAUAUACGUUUUUAUAGCUGCCACAUAUUUUCCGUGGUUGAUGGUAGAAGAUUUUCCAGAUAACGACAUAAUUCCAACCAUGCGAUAUUUGGUUUGGGUUAUGGCUGUUGUUGGGAUUCUCUAUCAGCAAAUGUUCCAUGAGAAAUAUAAGAUGCUAGAAACUAUUUUUUAUCUAGUCAUGGGAGUUAGCCCAAGUAUCGCUGUAAUGACAGUGAAUAAAUUUGAUAAUAUUAGAGAAUUGAAGACUGGUGGAUUCAUAUAUAUAGCAGGAAUAAUUUUUUUCAAAUCUGACGGACGUAUACCAUUUGCCCAUGCUAUUUGGCAUGUAUUCGUUACUGUAGCAGCUGGAUUUCACUACUAUGCAAUAUUAAACCACUUAUACCCAGCGGUUACCGCAGAUUCUACACCUGUAACGACAAAUCUUCUCAACAGACCUAUUGAGCUUUAACUCUAGUGGGAUGCAAUCUAAUCGGAUUAUGUUAUAGUUGAUUAUGAUAUUUUCUAAGGAUUUAUGUAAAUUUUACGUAGGUAUUAUAUUUUAUGAUGAAAAUAUUCUCAUAAAUAAUGGUAGUGUUUUGGGAUUCCAAAUAAGUGGAAUAGUUUGACAAAACACUAUGAAUUCUAAUCAAGUUAGGGUUUCUACUGGAAUCAAUACGUCAAAAAUAUUAGUAUUUCUAGGACAUUAGAUAUUAUUUGAUAAAAAUAUCGAAUAGUAAGGUACUCUAGACAUUUGAUAAAAUUUUUCCAUGAUGGAAAUUCGAAUAUGAAAACUAAGGGUAAUUCUAGAAAAAUGAGAAUGUGAUAAUUUUUACACUAAACUAUAGAAUUUCUGACAUUAAAUCAAUUGUAAGAUUAUUCUCCUUACUUAUUAUACUAACUAUUGUCGAUUUUCAUGACAUCUCGUUAAUCUUAUAUAGAAUUGUUUUCAUUGUUAUAUAUGAAACAUUAGUAAUGAUGAUAAAAAACAUUUUUAGGCACUUUUUCUGGAGCAAAUUCUAAAGUAAUUGAGAAACCUAUAAUUUUUAUUAUUAUUUUUAUUCAUAUUGAAUAACAAAAAAUUUCAAUUAAAUUGAUAGAAAUUUAUUGAAAAUGAAGAUUUAUUUAUUUUAAAUUCACGAAGAAAAAUGUUAUAAACAGGGAAAAAUAAACGAGUUUAUAACUAUUUAAUUGGGUAGAUGAUAAUAAUUAUUGUAAAUAAUUGAGUACCUGAUACAUAAUUCGAAAAAAACUACCAAUUAC